CAGUAACCCAAUCAAUAGUCGGACUAUACUGUCUGUUAAGUCGAUAUGAAAGCAUUUUAGAAACCGUCACCUUCAGAGUGACUGGACUUGGGUGGAGGAAGGCAUAGGAUCAUGAACAUGUUGGAAGAUGACCUGGACGGCGAGGUGCAGAGGCAGAUUGACCGGGAGGUGCGCAUGCGUGAGGGGGCCAGUAAGCUUCUGGCAGCCUGCUCCCAGAGGGAACAGGCCCUGGAAGCUUCCAAGAGUCUGCUGACCUGCAACGCCCGCAUCCUGGGCCUCCUCAGCCAGCUUCAGAGGGUGAAGGAGGCGCAGGUCCUCCAGAGGGCUGGACGCAGGCCAUCAGAUGGUAGGUCACUGGAUUCCAGGCUGCCUUGUACAGGCCGAGUAUCGAUCUCAGACUUGCGAAUUCCACUCAUGUGGAAAGAUUCAGAGUACUUCAAGAAUAAAGGAGAGUUGCAUCGCUGUGCAGUGUUUUGCCUCCUGCAAUGCGGCAGAGAGAUUUUCGACACAGACCUGGUCAUGGUGGACAGGACACUGACAGACAUCUGCUUUGAGGAGGCUAUCUUGUUUAGCGAGGUGGGCCCUGAGUUUGAACUGCGAGUGGAGCUGUACAGCAGCGGUGUGGAGGAGGACUUUGCCCCCGGGGCAGCAGGACCCAGGAGACUGAGCCGUCUGGGCCUCAGCGGGUCGCUGGGACGCUCCUCUGGAAGGAAACUGCGGGCCGCCCUGGAGACCGCUGCAAGCUGUGGGGCCAAUGGAGGAGGGCCGGGGGGAGAAGGAGGACCAGGAGGAGGGUCCACGCCCCAGGUGCCUGCUCUUAAUCCGCAAGGGCCCAAGUAUCACCUGUUGGCCCACACUACGCUGAAGCUGGCCCAUGUACAGGACAGCUUCAGGACACAUGAUUUGUCUAUUUCAACGACAGAGGACAGCUCUUACUGGCUGCCUCUCUACGGCAGUAUGUGCUGUCGCCUGGUCGCGCAGCCUCGCUGUAUGACCCAGCAGGUCAUCUGCGGCACCCUGAGAGUUAAGCUUGAAAAUGAGCCCGAAUGCUGGACCGACGUCUACGGCGUCCUCAAAGGACCACAUCUCGUGGUUUUCCAAAGUCAAGAGGAUAUGGAGGCUGGAGAGAAAGUGUUAUUCACCAUCACCAUCAACAAGGAUACCAGCAUUUGCGUGUCAGAGAGAGGCUCACGACAUCACGCACAGAACAUCUGCAUCAACACAAACCAGCGUGGAGAAGAGAGGACACACACCCUGACCACACACACCCCCCAGGGAACACAACAGUGGAUGGAGGCCUUCGGGCAGCAUUUCUAUGACAUGAGCCAAUGGCAGCAGUGCUGUGAUGACCUCAUGAAGAUAGAACCUCCAACUUCCAGAAAGCCCCUGCUGGUGACCACCAAGCAGGGUUCCCUCUACCAUGAAAUAGUGACAUCACCGUCUCACUGUGAGGGUCAUGUGACUCCGGAUGUGUCUGCUGAGAUGCGUUCUCUGUUGUCGUCUUAUUACAACGACAACAGGUAAGAGUAUCAGCAUCAACACAGUUACUAAUUGCUGGUCUGGUGGCACAGUGACAAGGCCUACUCCCUGCCUCGUAUAAACAUCCACGCCAAGAGCAAGUAAGAGGCUGGAGGUGACUUUGGUAAUAGCUUGCAGGCCAAGUCUAUAUUGGAUUUAUAACCUCCUAUUCCUAAAAAUGGUUGUGCUGGAGCCAUGAGAUGGAUUUUGGCUUACAGAUCAAUUUACUUCCAUUGUGCCAUUUCGAAAUGAAUUCCCAGAGUGGAAAAAAAGAGAGGUAGAAAGACUGCAUUUAAACAAAGCUUUUUUUUUUAAUGUCAGUGUGAAUCUCACAUACAUGGGCUUGAGGCCUUUUUAGAAGAACCACCAAACGGAUCCAAAUGACUUUGGGAUUUUCUGAUCUUUCUAGACAUGGUUAGGGUAGUGAGGAAUUAUACAUGUGUUUACUUGCACACAGUUUACUGUAUAGUUUAAUCAGUAGUGUAAUAACAAUUUACAGUUUCAUGACAUCUUUUUCCUCUGCUAUUGUAUUAUGUUUUGAUAGGUGGUUAUUUUGACGAAAUGAACAUUUAGAACCCUUUCAUAACCCCUAGAAUGUCAAUAAAAACGUACAUCGUUUUGUGAAUGUAGCUUUGUACAUGAAGGUGAAGGAUUGUGGAUUUACACAGUGACACAAAUGUUUGCACAAAUCUGUUUUCUAUUAGGUAAGUGCAUUAUCUUCAUAGUUUGGGUCUCAAUAGGAGAUAAUCCUUCAAUAAAUCCAUCAAACAAUA